GCAAACCGGAUUUCACGUCGGAUCGUUCCGAGUUCGUUUUGGAUAAGACGGCGAAGGUAAUCUGUGACGUCGGUGAACCACGUGUAACCAAGGACGUCUUUUUUCAGAAUAUGGGCUGAUAUGGUCAUGAAAAACUCGAAGCAAACCUCUAUAAUACGAAGACGACCGACGAAAGGAUGGAGAAAACGUGUGAGAUUUGCUGAUGAAAAAAAACCUCCGGAUUCUGUGAGGUCAAAUGAGACACCAGAAGCCAGUGGAAAAUCAUCUUCAAAAUGGAAAAAAAUACAGAAAAAAGUAAAAUCAACCAAGCCUUCAGACACUUCUCAGACUACAAAGCCAAAUAUUUCUUCAAUAAUAGAGAAUGCCAUCGCUAAUGCACCAUCUUUUAAAAAGAAAAGCAAAUGGAGAACAGAUGCCCUAAAGAAAUUGAGAAAACAACCUAAGAAAACAGUACUUGUACUACAGCCACUCUCUCCUUCACCAAGACAUCAGGCAGGGCCUACAAUAAUUAAACGACCUUGGCCAUUAGGCGAGACGACGCCACCAACUUCUUCAUCUGUAAAGUUGCCUUUAAUUAAGAAAUUGUCAGAGGGAAAAUCACAGAAUACCGAGAAUGAGGAUCAAAGUCUGAAGAAUAAUAAUCAAAACAUGCAAGCAGUAGAAAAAGAAGAAAAGGUUUUUGAUCUUCACAAAGGGAUGUCAUGGACCGCAUUGAAGAGUAACAAUAUAGAUGAUGAUGGUCUUUCAACAUAUUCAUGUUCGGAUGAAAGAAUACAUGGCUUAAGUUAUGGAUCACAAACUUCCCUGAUUAACCCUGGAGUAAUGGGUGUUCUGGAACGUUUGCAGGAGUUCAAGGGUACCAGGUUACAGUCAGAUCUACAUCAUGAAUUACAAGAAAUUCGUCACAGAGUCAAUCAGGCUUUGAAGAAUGUGGAUUUCAUGUUUGAAGAUAAUGAUGAUAAGAAAGACGAAACCAAGUUUCCAUCAAUUGUUGAAGAUAUACAAAGUCGUGAGCUUGAACGUCAGAAAGAGGUCAAUGAACUGAUCUCUGGGAUGGUAGAAGGUUCCGAAAUUACACAAGGACUCUUAGUGGAUGUCGAUGAAUGGUUUCACGAAGUCAGAAUCAUGGCACUGGAUAAAGGUGUGGAUGAAGAAUUUGAAAAAUUUGUCAAAUCAACUGAUAUUACCAAGACUGAUGUUAUGAAAUCUUUGAAAGAGUUUGGUGAUGCCAGUCAGAAGAUGGUAAAACUAGGUAACCGGGUCUUAAAAGAAGCUGGUAAUAUAAUAAAAGAGAAUGAAACUGAGGCAAAGAAAAUGAAACUAAAAGCAAAAGAAAAAAUAACCAUUUAUGAUGAACAUGAGUUAAUGGUUGAUGCAGCCAAAUGGGACAGAGCAGUAAAGAUGAUUAUAAAUACAUUUGAUGAUGCUUUGAAAUCAACCAGGAAUGCUGCUUAUAAGUCCAUAUACACAAAGGCACUGAAACAGUUCAGAUACUUAGCAUCUGCUAUGUCUAAAAAGAUCCUGGAUUUGAAUGCAAAACAGAGGGAAGUUAAUGAUCUGAAAAAGAAAUUGUUGGAUGCCAAAGCAGCUGUAGAGAAGAAACACCAAGAAGCUGAAGAACUGAAGAAGAAUAUUCGAAGAAUGACAAGAGAAGUGGAAGAAAAAGCUAAGUUAAUUGAAUCACAAGAGAAAAGAAAUCAAGAAUUGACAAAGAAAUUGAUGGGUGCUGAACAGAAAUCAAAGGGCAUGGAGAAAGAAAUCCUGGACAAAGAAGCAUCUGCUAAACAAGAAUUAUUAAAGAAGGAAGCAGAGCUGGCUAAGGCAGCUGAACCCCCUCCUCCUCCUCCUGAUGUUCCUCCUAAGAAAGUAAUUAUAAAAGUUGUUGACCCUGAAUUAGUACAGAAGGUCAAAGAUACAGAAGAACAGUUAGAGAAGUCAAAGAUACAAAUUUCCAACAAUGUUGAAAGAAUCAAGGAAUUGGAAAGACAGAUGAUGAAAGAAAAAGAAAAAAUAAAGCAGCUAAAAGACGACCUUGAGAAGGCGGAGAAAGAGGCAGAAGAAGCUGCUAUGACAAUAAAUAUAGCAGAACCUGUCAUUGAAAUACCAGAGGUGCAGACAACAGAAUCAGUACCAGCAGAUAAAGAUUCAGCUUACUUUAAGAAAUUGUUAACUGGGAUGAAGAGAGAUUUCUCCCAAGAACUGGAGAAACUUAAAGCUCACUUACGGAAAGAAAAACAAAGGAGCACAGCUGCUGUCAAAAGGUGUGAGAAUGCACACAAAGACCACUUAAGUGCUAUACAGAAGGAUGUUAUUCGUGUAUUGAGGGCUAUCAUGCACUUCCGAGAUCAUAUGUGUACACUAAUGGAGAAAGAAAACCUUAAAGAUCUUGUGUAUUCCUUACAAAAACUCAAGAACUUAAUACCAGACCAGCUUGUACCAGAUCCAAAAGAACUACUGACAAUGCUUGUGGCUAAUGUAGUAGAAUAUAUGCAUAAUAUGGAAUUAAUUAUAUCAAAUGCCUUCCUGGCUAUGAGGAUGAUGAUCAAAGGAACUAUGCAGCAUCAGUAUGAGCCGAGAACGUCUGACAGACAAACUGAAAUCAGGGUCAAGGUCAAAGAUGCAGAGACCAGAAUGAAAACAAUGGACACUGCUAAAACUGAGACUAUACACAUAGCCCGGAGACUGCAAGUGGCUAAAGAUAGACUGGAGAAGUUUGAGCAGAUGACACUUACUGAAGAGCAAGCCAAGGAUAAGAAAUAUCAUGGUCUGUUAAAUAGAUAUCACAUGGUUUGGCAGAUGUACAACAAACUUCAGAAAGAUAUGGAUAUAUUACAAGGUGAUUUCCAGACCAGCAUUGAAGAGAAAAUUAAGGAACAAGAAGACUUUGUUAUUCCUAAUAUUAAAAUGGAACUCAAACAGAGAAAAGCUGAUCCUGAAAUUGAAUUGAAGCUGACUCUGGCAGACCAGAAACAAAAUUUACAGAUUUUAGAGAAGGCCCAUGAUGAUAACAAAAUAUCCAAAGAUAUGUAUAUGAUGGCAUCAGCUUUGCUGAAGAAAGCUCUGAGAAUUCCAGGAAAAAGAAUAAAGUAUUUUUUUGAACAAUACAUAGCAUUUAGAAGUGUACAGGAUUCAAGAGAAAGAUUACAGGGUAUUCUAGAGGAGCCAGAGUUAGCUUCUGAUGUAAGAAAAGACAUAGAAGAUUACAUCAAACGUAUGGAAUCAAAGAUGGACACCAAUAUGGAAGUUUGGAAUGAGAGAAUGAGGAACUUAGAGGAGGAACGUAAACAAAUACAUCAGAAUAUUUGGAAAUUAUUUAAUGAAGUGUUAGCAGAAACUGGUGUCCUUCUUGUGCAUCCCCUUUUCCAACGGAACAAAGUAACUGGACAGGUCUACAGUCAGAUGGCUCAAACAAUAAAACGUGAUGCUUUAAAGAAACUUUUAAGAAAACGUCAGAGAAUGACACACUUACUUAAAUUACCACCAGUGUGUGUUGGAAGCAGUAUGGUGUCCAAACUUCAACCUCAACCUCCAUCUUGGAAAGGGGUUGGACAGGGGGAUAAUCCUCCUGCCAAGGUGAACACGCCCUAUACUCAACAUUAUGAUGUUAACAAGUCAAGAAUUGAUGCUGAAAGAGUACUUAAAGAUGAAGAUAAAGGCAGGCAUGCUUAUCCACUAGCAAAGAUACAGAAAUACUUCAUUAACCCUAGUCAAACGACAGUUAGCACAUAGUAAUUCAUAGAUGCUUAUAAGAUGGUGAAGAUAAAGAAUUUAAAAUUAUUUUUCCUGAUCUGAUUGAAUUUAUAAGUGAUUAUAUGUAUCAAGACAAAUGUACAUUAGAAAUUUUCAUCUGCCCUUUUUUACACACAAACAGAUUGAUAAUUCAGUGCUUUACCCAUGUGACUUAAUCAUUUGCAAGUUAUUUUUUAUUGGUACUUUUAUAUAUAAAAGUUGAUUAAAUCAUCUUUUUUAUUAUUAACAUUCUCUAGAUUUGAUAAUUGUCAAUUAUUAUGAGAAUGUUCAAGAGGGCAUAUUGUAAAUUCAGGAAUUUUUGCAUAUUUUUACUAUUGCAAAAAAUUGCAACAUUAUAGGUUUUACAAAAAAAAAAGUUAUAUAUAUAAGUGCAACAUUCCUGAAAUUGUAAUUAUUAAUCACUCAUUUGUGUCCAUUGUUCAAUCAUUAAAAUAAUAAAUGCAAACAAUUAUUUUGAAAUAUAUUAUAUAUUGUUAUUUUGUAAUCCUUAUGUUAUUACUGCUGUGGAUUCAUUAUUUUUUGUUGUAUAUCAAUUUUCAUGGAUUUCGUGGGUACAGGUAAACCACAAAUUAAAAUGUUCAACAAAUUACAAUUUUUCCAUUGACUUGUAUGCAGACUUUGGCAAAACCACAAGAUUAAAUAUCCAUGAAAGUGUAAGUUUUCCUCAAUCCACGAAAAUUGGUACCCACAAAAAUAAAUGAAUCCACAGUGUAUUUUAUUAAAUGUUCUUGCUGUCUAGAUAUUAUUAUUGUGAGGUUGAGUAGGAGACGACCUUGUCAUACAGAGAGGAAACAUUUUUUUGCAGAUAAUUUAAAAAGGAUAUGAAUUUUACCUAUAUAAUACCUAAAAAUCAGGGCUGUUCCAAAGUUGAUGGUGUUUUGAAGGGGUGGGGAUGGGAGGAACUAAAAAUAAUUUUUUAUUGUGAUAGCAUUUUCCUUUGAAUUUUAUAAGAAUUGUAAUUGAAAGGAAAAUUUCAUAUUAUGGAUGGUUGGGGUUUUAAAAAUGAAUCCCAUUGCCCAUUGUGAUUCAAUAAUUUUCAUUGUAUUUAUUAUAGCUUUGUUUUUUUUUUUUUAUUAAAAAAAGUUUUUGCAAUGUGAAUUUAUGUUUUAUAAAAGGUGCUGAAUAAAGUCUACUAGUGCAAUAUAUUUUAAAGAUAUAUUUAUUACAUAUAUAUGUUGUUUGUUAAAUUUAUAUUUUGUACAUUUUUUUUUUACUGUACAUG